AUGAAUUCUAGAAACAUCUACAGCAACAAUGCAGGGUCGGUUGUUGGCUCAGAUAGUUCUCAAGAAUCACACAAUACUUCCAGCACAAAUUCUUCAUCAUUUCAACACAAAAUACGAGUGGAAGUCUUUAACUUUUUCUUUGCCUCACAGAAUGUAUCUAAAAAGCAAGGAGGUAAACGAUUUUUUGCAAUCCUAUUAUUGUACAUACUAAUUUAUUGGAGUUAUAUAUGGCUUCCUGUAUUAAGCCCACAAGAUUUUCACUUUGGUGCUUGGGGUUCAUGGAUAUUUUCAGUAUUUAACUAUACAACAAGUUUAUCAAUGGAUUUACUUCCGUAUGAAGGAGCAAUUGCUGUGGCUAGUAUAACCAUGACUUUUAUUGCAAUAACCGUUUGUAUUACUAUUAUUACUCUGUGGGCUGUAAAGUCUACUUCUCAAUACAUUAAGAAGAUUCAAAUGAUUCUUCACAUCAAUGCCUACUUAAUAAUAGUACUCUCUGCUCCUAUAAUAUUUAUUUUGACUAGUUUUGUGGAUUGUGAUUAUGGAUACAACCCAAGAGAAUCAUUGAUAAAUUUUGUAUCUCACCAUGCUAAUGGUACUUCAAUAAGUUCAACAGCAACUCUCACACCCAUGCUCAACAGAUUUACAAGCAUGGAAUGUUAUUCAACAAAUAACAUCAUCUUGAUGGCUGUCACCCUCUCAUUCAUUGCCUUAUAUUUUGUAUUGUGUGUAUUGGCCAACUUUUUGGUACCAAAUUCACAUCCAUUAAGCUUUGCCCCAAUGAUAACGGAGGGUUACAUCUUUCCUAUUGGUAUGAGUUUGGGAAAUUGCAUUGGAAUUUUGGUACAUUUCCUCAUACCAGCAGAGUAUGCUUUUGUGAGGUCUAUUGUACAUUUAGUAUAUGGCAUGUGCAUGCUUGUUGUUAUUAUGAAGAGUUUGCCAAUGUAUAGAAGAUAUGAAAACACAAUUGUAUGUGGAGUGGUAUGCGCAAGAUUUGGCACAUCAAUAGGAAGUAUCAUUUCCUUUUUUGUAAAUGCAUCGAACACUGCUGAAAUUGGUAUUGGAAUGUGGGCUUUAACAACAGGACUGGCUGUUGGAUUGGGUUUAGUGGGAGCUGUAUCUAUGGAUAUUUAUACUCGUUACGUAAUUUACUUUAUCAAAACUAGAUAUAUCUUAUCAGUAAGAUCAUCUGAUAGAUCACUUGAAAAGGAAGCAACAAAUAUUUAUUUCAAAUUGGAAGAGGAUGGAACCAUGUACAAAAUGAUGUUAUAUAUGAGAUUUGUUUUAAUGAGAUAUGCUAGAACAAAGACAGAGGAAUUAGAAGACAAGUACGACUUGGUUGCAUUGAUUUCAUUCAUUAGAGGAAUAAGCUCUCAAAAGUGCUUCAGCGAUAUUGAACUGUUAUCUAUGGCUGGAACACUUGUUGGUUAUCUGAUGGUUGAUGAAAUGCACUCUUCAUAUUUUGCUCAAGCUUUGCUAAAGAGGGCUCUUAAACAGCGACCAGAUGUCUAUAAAAGAUUCCUCAUUCAUCAAAGAUUAAGGGAAGUAGAAUUAACAGGUGCUGAUGAUGUUAAGGGAAGUAGAACCGUGCUUGAGUUGAAAUCUAUAAUGCUCAAUAUUCAAAAAUAUAUUACUGAACUCACUUCGUUACAUCGUCACUUCUGGAAGGAAUUGAUGCAGGAAAUUGUGAACUAUGAAAAGGCAGAAAAUAUAGUUGCAAGAUGCUCUGUUAUCAACCAUGAAUUAGAUUCCAUGUUCGACAACAUUUUAUCACUGUACUAUAAUGACAAAACUGUACUGAGAACUUAUGCCAGCUAUUUAGAAAAUUUCAAAUUCAACAAAGAGCUUGCCAAUGAAUAUUACACAGAAGCAUCAAGUUUGGAAGAAGAAGAAUCAAGGAUUCCUCUCGCUCAAAAAGGUAAUAGAAGGACAAAGAACAAGGUAUUCCCAGAUGUUCAGGAAAGUGUGGACAUAUCUAAAAAGCUAGGCCCAAAAGGUUUGGCCGUUGGUAGAAGUGUUGCAUUUGAAAAUUUGGAAACAGCAAGUUACUUGUCUAGCAAUAUGGAUUUUAAUGGGGUUGAGAAUGCUAAUGCUGAUACAAAGAGAGAAAUUGGGUUUAGAAAUGCCCUUUCUCUUCCUGAUUCACACACCAUUCACAUUAUUACUUUCGUUUUCUUUAUUGUAUUUGCUUUCAUAUUAUUAGUUGUUGGUUUGGUUAUUGGCUUACAAUUCUCCAAAGGUGUAACAAUGAAUGUUGUUAAUGUAAUUGAAGCUUGCUCUCCAAUAUGCGCCUUGAGCAAUGUUUUACAAUCUGUUCGAGCAUUCCAAAUGCAUUCAAUGUUCAACUCUACCCUUGGCUCUUCCAAUAUUCCAUUAACUUUAACAUCAGAGUCCUACAUUGAUUUGGCAAAUACUAAGAUUUUAGUUUCCAAAUUCAAAGAUAUUCUUGUAAAUCUGCAACAAAAAGCCUACAAUGCCAAGUUCGAUGGAACUGUUUAUUCAAAUUAUCAUGAGGUUUACAGUGAAAUUUACAUGCCAAACAUUGGUGAUGAUUCAAAAUUUUAUAACCACACUACAAAGAUCAAUGUGACAGUGACAGAUGUAACCAAUACCCUUAUUAAGAUUUCUGAUCAAAUUAUCAAUUCAAAGGAAAAUGAUAUAACUAAAACACUGAACAGUUAUGGAUUCAUGUUCCUUUACAUCAAUCAUGAAUCAAUUACAGACAUAUAUGACAAAUUUUGUAAUAUCUUUACUGAUUCUGCCAAGACUGAGGCCCUAGCAAUCAACAAUAUCUUCACGAUAUAUAUUUCUGUGUCUCUGGCCACGUUUAUAUUGUGUGGAGCACUUUACAUGAUAUUCUCAAGAAAGGAAUUGACAGUUGUUAGGGAGCAAAUCAAACUCAUUCAACAUAAUGUUUCCAAGAAUGAAAUUGGUAAAUUAUUCCAUGAUUUGGGUAAAAAAGUUGGUGACGAGGUUUCAAUUCACAUAUCUAGAAAUUCUCUAUUCAAACCAAAGAAUGCAUUCUUGAUCGUUUCUGCCUUUUUAAUUAUUAUUGUUUCAGUGAGUUGUGGAAUUUACCUUGACCAAACUUUGGGUAAUUCAACAUACAGUUUUGAAUCAUACAUUACAAUGGAGGAUGGUUUCGAUACAAUGACUCACUUGCAGUAUGUUUCCUUUAUUGGAACAGAGUAUUUUUCACAUGUAACAACAAGUAUUGUCGGUUCUGAAACGUUACAGCUACUUGAUGAUGAUGAAGUAGAAGCAAUGGAGGACAAAUUGUCUUAUCUUACAAAGCAAUUGAGAUAUUUUUGGAAUCUGUGUAUGUAUGGUUCUUCAGUUAAGGCAUAUGAAACUCUUGUGGUUGGUAUGUUCCCAGAGACUGAUCAAAUGAUUAGAGGUUCUGUGAAUUGUACUGUUGAAAAGUUGUCUGAAACCUAUAUUGCUGGAGGUAACAAUUCCACAACAUGUGAAAUGGGCAUUGACUAUAUGGUACAAGAUACCAUUCUAAUGAUUUACAAAAUGGUUCAAGAUUUGGAAGGUGUUCAUCAUUCCAAGGGUAAAACAUCAAUAUCCACUCUGAUUGAUUUAUUGAAUGAUUAUUUUAAAAUCAAUUAUAUGACCAAGACCAUUUCCUUAAAGUUAAUUGAAUUUUCCAACAUUUUUGCUGUCAAGUCAUCAACUCCUCUAUUGAACAACAUGAUUGGUCUGGCAGUGGUUGGAUUUGCAAGUAACAUAAUUUGUGCCAUAUUAAUGUUCCUCUUGUUGAAUAAUCAUAGAAGAAGUGCAUUUGCAAUGAGAGGUUUAUUCAACUAUCUUUCCAUUGAUACAUUGGAGAAUAAUGAGAAAUUGAGAAACUAUGCUCUAUACCAUACUCUUGGAGACAAUGUACUUUCUAAGCUCAAGACAAAGAAACAAACUCAAAACGGAGAAGAUGCUAAAGUCAGAUCCAUUUUGAAUGCUGCUGUUGAUGGUGUUGUACUUUGCUCUAGCUCUGCAAGUAUUGAUAUUUUCAAUCCAGCAGCUCAGAGAAUGUUUGGUAAUCAACAAGAAGAUGUUAUUGGCAAAUACAUUUUCACUCUAUUUGCACCACAGCAUCAUGGAGAAAUUAGAAAAUCAAUUGAGGGAAUGAAACAUACUGUAUCAGCCAAUGAUUCAAAGGGAGAAACCUUUGAAAUUGAAUGUAUAAGAAAGAAUAAUACUACAUUCCCAGCUACGGUCAAUAUUUUCGUAACAAUUUUCGACAAGAAACCAAUCAUUACUUGUUUUAUCAAGGAUAUUACUUCAGAGAAGAAGCACAAUUCAUUACUUGCUGAGGAAAAGAAGAAUUCAGAGACCUUAUUGUUGAAUAUUUUGCCUGGAGCUGUUGCUUCGAAACUUAAAUCUGGAGCAUCUCUUAUUGCAGAAAGAUUCCCAGAUGUAACUUGUUUCUUCUCAGACAUGGUUGGAUUUACAUCACUCUCUUCCAAGUUGACUCCCAAUGAUCUAGUCCAAAUGCUUAAUAGUAUUGUUAUGGGAUUUGAUGAUUUGAUGGAUAAAUAUCACUUGGAAAAGAUUAAGACUAUUGGUGAUGCUUACUUUGCAGCAGGUGGUUUGCAUGAUUUGAAUGCUCAAUCUGAUCACCCGGAAAGAGUUUUGAGAUUUGCUAUUGAUACCUUCUCUGUCAUUAGAGCCUACAAUUCUGAGCAUAGAAAGGGAAGAGUAAAUGAACAAAUCAAUAUUAGAAUUGGUAUAAAUACUGGACCAGUUGUAGCAGGUGUUAUUGGUCGUAAGAAGUUUGCCUACGAUUUAUGGGGUGAUUCAAUUAAUACAGCCUCAAGAAUGGAAUCUAACAGCAAGCCUGGAAGAAUUCAAAUUUCACGUUCGACCUAUGAGAGAGUUCACGAUUUGGGAUUCACCUUUGAAGAAAGAAAGAUUGAAGUGAAAGGAAAAGGUUUAACUCAAACUUACUUACUAGAUGCCAAACAUCAUCAAUCUGCUGUACUAACAGAGGAGGAGCUUACUGUAACUAUAACAACCAAUCAAGAUCACUAUCAAGAUGCUGAUAUUGAGCUAGAAGAAAAUGAGGAGAGUUACCUCGAAUUGGAAAAAACACAUUUAGAAAAACCAAGUUUGCCUGUUGGUCAAUCAAUGACAUUUGGAAGUGUCAGUGAAAUGAGUGAUGAGCCUAAUCCAAAAACUAUUCCAACGAUUCCAACAAUCACAACAACAGAAUUUGAAUAA